AUGCCCUCUGGCACUUCCACUCUCGGCUGGAGCCUCGCAAACUGGGGCACCUUACCAGCAACGUGGACCUCGUCGUCCUGCACCCCAUCGAGCAUCAUCUACUACGCCGAAGACGACGACCCCGACAUCCCGGAGCUUUUCGAAUCCUGCCCCUCCACCACAUUCGACAGCUGCCUCCCUGAACCAACAGAUUCCGACUUGAUUGACGACUUCCUCAGCAACCAGCGCAACGUCCCCUACUGGUCUCCCGGCGUCAACUGUCCAUCCGGAUGGGAAGCCGUCGGAUCGGCCGCACGGCCGAGCGACGGCGAUGUAACGUCCUCAGGGAUCUUCACUGUCGGUGCGAUCCCAACCGGGAACUGGGAUAUUCCGGAUAACGAUUACAUUCAACUGGGCUUCCAUGAUGCGUUCGGCGCGCUGCUCGACCCUAGCGAGACAGCUGUUGCUUGUUGUCCUAGCUCAAUGACCGCCGGCCGCAACGGGAUCUGCUACUCGACCCUCCCGGACCGUGACAUCCGCACCGUAUGUAUCGCAGACUUCUCAAACGCAGACGGGAACCUGGAAUUCAUCAGCACGAGCUGGGUCUGGAAUGGGGUAACCAGAACAGCCAACAUCGCCGUUCCAACUCUGACUAUUCCUCGCACGCCGACACGUACAUCUUCGAGGACUAUAGACGCUGAUGAGACAGGGGAUAUGGUGGCUGCGACCAUGCAGGUGCCUAUCUAUUUCGUGCGUAGGCCGGGUGACGGUGGCGGAAAUGGGAAUGGCAAUGGCGAUGGGAAUUCGUCGGACUUGGAUAAUAAUGGUUCAAAUGGGUCGGGGACGAGUGACGCGGAUACGGUAAAUGAGACAAAUGCCGCGAGGGGUUUACAUAUGCAGAAGGGCUAUACUAAAGACUGGGGUCAUCUCGGCGGAAUGUUGGGCGUCCUGGCUGCGUCGCUGCUGGCCGGAGCUGUGCUCGUGUUGCCGUGGUAGGAGGAAGCGUAGUACUUGUAUUAGCUGGAUGUCUGGCCUCGUAUGCCGGCUGGCGCGCAUUUCUUCUGUAUCGGUACGUGUCGGCUUCAAUAAGGUUCUAUACCUCCCAUGUCGUAAAUGUGGUUGUUCAGUA